CUUGUCAUUCAUUUCUAAUUUCUGUCACAAAUCACAAUUGAAAAUUUAGAAAAACCUUAAAAAUAUGAAUUGCAUUUCACAAAAUCAUUAACGUCACAACCAAAACGUGCUUAGUAUCUCUCUAAAUCUAUUAAAUUAUUUCAUAUAAAUAUUAGAACGCGAGGGAAAGGGAGUUCUGAACCCAGUUGAAAGUAUAUAGGUAAUUCAACAAAAAUGGUUUGUGUCCCAUGUUUCAUCGUUCCAGUUCUGCUAUUCUUAUGGCACAAGUUUAUUCAGCCUUACGUUUUACGUUUUUGGAACCCAUGGGCUGUUAAAAAUGCGGAAGGAAAUACUACAACUGAAUUCCCAUUUAAGUGUGAAGGUGGUGUUUGUGCGUUUAAGAAAAAUAAAGAUGCUGACAAUGUUGACAAGGUACCUACUGCCAACGUAUCCAAAAUUGAAAAAACUCCAGAUGUGAGGCUUAAGUCGGAAUAAAAAUAACUGUGAUAAUUUAUUAUUUAUACUAAAUAAAAUUAACGACCAUUCAUAACA